AGGCAAGGGACUCAGCCCAAGAGCUGGGCCUCCUUAGAGAGGCAAAGGAGCAGGUUUAUGUCUACUUCAGAACCUGGAAACAGGCACCCCUCAGCAGCAACCUCCUGCAUACUUGGGACGGCCAAGUCCCUCAACCAGCACAGGCUCCUUUUGCUCUACCUCCACUGCUGCUCAGUGCCAGAACAGACAAGAAGGAAAAGGGGUGCUUCUCUUCUGAGCUUGAUUUCUCUGCCCCCUCCUCAAUAGCUCCCUUGCCAAGAUAAUGUAUUUCAUCGUGUCUGAAGCAGCAGCCAUGAGACCCAGGCAAGCCACUUCUGGCAUAAGAGCCUCCUCAGCCAUCCUGGGCUGAGCUAGACUACCAAGUAUAGUAGCCUGCCUGCCCCCUUUAUUGGUAGGGGAAGGGAAAAUGAGGAAUUACUAGACUGGCCUGCCAUCCCAGAAAGCAUUGCCCCUCUCUCUCCCUCCCCAUUCCUGCCCCCAAUUUGUCUAUUGAAAUUAAGGCUGGCUUCUCCUCAGCUCCGCUCUUGAUUGGGGAGCCCAUAGCCUCAAUCUGAAACCUAGGAAGAGGGAUAGGGGAGCACAGGAGAUGUGCUCCCAUUUUCCAAUUAAGAAAACUUAAAUUCUACGAUCCUUUUUCAGAAUGCUGUACCAAAACCCUUUUCUUGAGCGGGGAGGAAGAAAGCCACCAUUAGUGCAGGGCUCCUGUUCCUGCCGCCGCCAUGCCAGCCUGUUCAAAGCAGAGGCGACAUCCACAGGGGCAGAGCUUGGGGGAGUUUCCUAUCAAUGACAUUAGCUCGCUGCCACCUGACAGGUGAAGUAGGGGCGAAGGGCCCUCUUUAUCAUGUGGGCCUCCAGGAAGGGAUCUGGCCACUCCAGCUCCCCCUUGGCCUGCUCCCCAGGGGCAGAUAUUAAACUCUCCCUGCCCCACUGGAACUGGGCAAUGAAGGGCGAGCAUCUCAAGCAAGGUGGCAUUCGGGGCAGGGGAUUUGGCUCAAGCAAGGCACUUCGGGGAAGAGCCAGGGAGCAUUCCAGGAAGCCUCGCUAGCCCCCACCAAAGUGCCACCGUGAGCGUCUGAAGCAAGAGUCAGUGAGGUUUUUCGGGGAAAAGCCAGCGAGGGUUCUCUGAAAAGAAAAGAGGCCAGGUGAGAUCCAGACGCUUUCCGGCUCCCCUGGUCCCAGAAGCAUCAACCUCACACUCUCCCCUAUCUGCUAGCGGCUGUCCCAUUCUCCCUCUCCCUCCUCACUGCCGGGUGAUCCCAUGUGAAAAAGGGGGUGGCUGCUAGCAAAGAAGGUGUUGUGACUCCAGCCCCCGAACCUGGCCCCAUGCCCAGAAAUGACUUGGAGCCGGGCCUGCUGCCAGAAAGUAACUUGGACAGUGAGGGGGAAGGGCCGUCAGGACUUGCCUCGGGAGCACCGGCUUCCCUGGCUCAGCUCCAGGAGCCAGAAGCAGGCCAGGUGGAAGAAAUAAUGAGGCCUUGGAAGUGCUGAGUCAUGGAGCCACACCUCACAGGAUAUAAAAGGCAGCGAGAGCUGGUGUGUCUCUUUGUAACAGGCAAAUCCACUGAUUGACUAGAGCUGAAGUUUGUGACUCACCAGCGUCGUGGAAAAUAACGAGGGCUCUUGGCAGACGCUGGCUCUUUUGCCACCAGAGCUGAUAGUGCCGGCUAAUUAAGCCGUCAUUCGGACGGAGGCGGAGGAGGACAGAACAGAAGGGAGAGUGCGGGGUUGAUGCUUCUGGGACCAGGGGAGCCAGAAAGCCUCUGGAUCUCACCCGGCCUCUCUUCCUCUCGCAGCCACGUGUGCUGCUGCUGCCCUUCCUGACAGCUGCCUUGGGAGCAAGGGAGAAUAAAGAGGCCAGCCAGCAGGCCGAAGGUUCACUCACUUGCUUUGCUCUCCUGUCUCUGCUCUUGCAAGUUUUGCUGCCUUUUCUCUUCCUGUGCGGCUUGCCCGAUCUUUGAGACUGCGGCCAGGUCGGUGGCAGGGAAGGAGCGCAGGACGUGGGAGAUGGCAGCAUCAGAGCCCUCCCUGGCUCUUCCCCAAGAUGCCCUGGCCUAAGCGGGCAAUCCCAUGUGAAGAAGGGGGUGGGCCACUAGGGGAGAGUGUGAAGUUGGUGCUUCUGGGAUGAGGGGAACAGUCCGCAGCUGCUCACCCACCCACCCUCCAGCCCGGGAGGAUGUGGCUGCGCCAGCAGCAUCGCCCCUCCACCCGCAGGCUCUCCCCUGCCCACCUGUGCCCUUCAGCCUUACCUUUGCGGCAGCAACCUGUGACGUGCGAGAGGCUGAGCGAAGAGGUGCGUAAUGCCACCAUCGGAGCUGUCUUGGUGUAUUACCAGCUCCCAGAGAGCCAAGGAAAGGCCCUGAACAAUGCUGUUCGUUGUGCCACGAUCCAGGUGGUGGAAGGGAUGAUUCAGCUCAUAGAGGUUAUCCUUCGGACGCCCCAGGACAGUCUGUCUCAGGAGCAGCUUAUCUCAACUGGAGGCGUCUGGGAGGCCUGCGACCAAGUUUCCUGCCUGCCGCAUGACAACCUGGCAGCAGUCACGUUGGCCAUUUCUUCCUGCCUGGAACUUAUCAAGGAUGCAUUGGAGGAGAUGGACCAGAUGCAGUCCGAGGGAGGGGCUUCUCCCGGUGAUCUGCUGGAGGAUGAAAUGCUGGGCUUCCCAGGGAAUUGUGACCUUGCUUGGACAGACGCAGAGCGGCAGCUGCUGGGCCCCUGCAAGGGGCUGGUGAAGGCCACCAAGGCUGGGCUGAGGAAAUUGCUGGCGGCCAUGAGAACUCAUGGCGGAGCAGACACAGAGGAGCAGGUGGCUCAGCUGGAUGCCCUGGCCGAGGCUGCGGCUGAGCUCAGCCCCAGUGUGGAUGAACUGGUGCUCAGCCUCUGCCCACCCGUGAACCAGCUCGCUCUGCGGUUGAAUGCUGGGAAACUGGCUUCGGUGCUAAUGAAGAUGCUGGAAAUCACCAGGACGAGCCACGUCUGCCCUCCCUCUGCAGAGAGCUGGGUGCGGUUCCUGGCUGAAGCAGUGGACCACAACCUAGGCAAGAUCAAGGACUCUACUCAAGGCCUGCUGCAAGACCCUGGACCAGCAGGGGUGGGUCAGUGUGCGGGAGAUUCCCAGCCGAAGAAGCAACCGUAGCGCCUUUGUCCCGACUGCAGGCAGUAAAGGACCCUUCUGUGCAAGAA